AUGUUGUCUGCUCGGAUGCUGCGGGCUGCCCGAUUCGUGGCUCCGAUGAGCUCCGUUCACUUCAUUCCGACUGUUCCAAUUCAACGGAGAUCAUUCGCUUCUAAGCCACAGAGACACGAGUUCCAGGCUGAAACCCGAAAUCUGAUGGAUAUUGUCGCCAAAUCACUCUAUUCGCACAGCGAGGUAAGACAACUGCCCCAAUCCAGCAGACGAAUGCUUAUUUUGAGGUGUUUGUCCGCGAACUCAUCUCCAAUGCUUCCGACGCUCUAGAAAAAAAAAGAUAUGCAGAAUUAAAAGGAGAAGUGGCCGAGGGGCCGAGUGAGAUCAGGAUUAGCACAGACAAGGAGAGAAGGACGAUAACAUUCGAUGAUACGGGCAUCGGAAUGAACAGAGAGGACCUCGUCAAGUUCCUCGGAACAAUCGCCAAAUCAGGAUCCAAAGAUUUCAUUGAAAAUGUAAGCAUUCGCGUUGAAACUGUGCACAAAGAAUGGCUUAUUGCAGAACAAAGAGAACGCGGAAGCAGUGAUCGGACAGUUCGGAGUCGGCUUCUACUCUGCAUUUAUGGUCGCCGAUUCAGUCGUCGUGACCACGAGAAAGGUGGGAAGUGGAUCCGAAGAAGGACUGCGAUGGACGUGGAACGGAGACAACUCCUACGAAAUCGCAGAAACUGCGGGACUCCCGACAGGAACGAAAAUCGAGAUUCGUCUGAAGGUCGGAGAUUCGGCCACGUAUGCGGAAGAGGACAGAAUCAAGGAGGUGAUCAACAAGUACUCGUACUUUGUGUCUGCUCCGAUUCUUGUCAACGGAGAGAGGGUGAACAAUUUGAAUGCGAUCUGGACGAUGCAAUCGAGGGAAGUGAACAAGGAAAUGCACGAGACAUUCUUCAAGUGAGUAUUCAAAAGAAAAUGGUAAUAAUAAAUUAUUAUUAAUAAUGUUUCCUUUAGGCAAUUGGUGAAAACGCAAGGCAAGCAGGAGCUUUUCACUCGUCCGGAAUAUACAAUUCAUUUCCAGGUACACCAAAGCUUCUUCUCCUUUUUGAUUACUGUAAUUUUCAGACCGAUACUCCAGUUUCCCUCCGUUCUGUCAUUUACAUCCCUCAGUCCCAAUUCAAUCAGCUUUCUUUCAUGGCCCAACAGAAGAUGUGCGGACUGUCUCUGUAUGCUCGCAGAGUGCUCAUCAAGCCUGACGCCCAGGAACUAAUUCCGAACUAUCUUCGUUUCGUCAUUGGAGUCGUCGAUUCUGAGGAUAUUCCACUGAACUUGAGUCGUGAAAUGCUCCAAAACAAUCCAGUUCUGCGAAAGCUGAAAAAAAUUCUCACUGAUAAAAUUCUGGGAACGCUUCAGUCUGAAAUGAAGAAGGAUCCGGUCAAAUAUUCGGAAUUCUAUAAAAACUAUUCGCUCUACUUCAAGGAAGGAGUUGUCACGGAACAAGACCAGGGAGUGAAGGUGGAGUGGAACGAGAGAACGAUCGAAAAAAAAAAGAGAUUGCAGGAGCAAGUGGCCAAGUUGCUUCUGUUCGAGUCCUCGUCAAAGAAGGCCGGAGAACUGACGAGUCUAGGAGAUUAUGUAAAGCGAAUGCAAGAAGGACAGAAAGAAAUCUACUACAUGUACGCCAACAAGUAAGUUUAUUCGCCCCUCCAUUCGAACGAAAAUUGUCUGGUCCAGUCGCCAACUUGCCGAAUCGUCUCCUUACUACGAAGUGAUCAAGUCGCAAAACAAAGAAGUUCUGUUCCUUUACGAUCCGGCCGACGAGGUCGUCUUCCUUGGGCUGGGCCAGUUCUCCAUGAAACAGUUGGUUCCAGUGGAGAAAUGGGCACAGGAAGAAGCAGAGAAAACGGGCGGCGAGGAAAAGAAAGAUAACAGUGAGCGGAGGGAAAGGCACAAAUACAGGUAACAAGAACAUUGCAGAAGAUUUCCGUGAUAACGAGAAGAAAGAGCUGCUCGACUGGAUGAAGGAGACGCUCGGAAGUGUGCGUGUGGCAGAGAUCUCUGGCAAUCAUCGGCCGAGUGACCAUCCUGUGAUGGUGACCGUUUUGGAUAUGGGCGCCGCCCGCCACUUUUUGCGUACCGGGGAAAUUAAAGACAUGGAGCAUCUUGUGUACUUCAAGCCUCACGUGCACGUCAAUCUCACUCAUCCGCUCGUGAAAGCAAUGUUCAAAAUGAGGAGGACCGACAAGGAAACUGCCGCUAUCCUGGCUGAGCAGGUCAGUAAAGCUACGAGCUGUAGAUUGAAAGAAAGCGAAAACCGUGUUCUUCAAUCAGCGCUCCCUGUGGAAUUCGGUGUUUUGAAACGGCUGCACGGCAACGGCCACUCUGCUGACGUGUCACAUCAAGCCUAUUUCUCUCGCUGCCUCCUCUUCCCUUCGCUCUAUUUUCAUUUCAUUUCUCAAUCGUUCCAGAUUUACGACAAUGCCCUGAUCACUGCCGGUCUGAUUAAGGACACGAGUCGGAUGGUGGGAAGACUGAACAAGCUGCUGACGUCGCUUGCCGGCGCCAAAGGAUCAAGCACCAUCCUCACUCCAUAA